AAGUGGAUGGAAGCCCUGGAAGGAAAUAACUGCAUGAGUUUUCCGUCAAUUUUACUGAAAAACUAUAUUCUAUUACUUAUUUGGUUAAUAUAAGAUUGUUUAUUGCUUUAGAAAAUAAAACAAGAUAAAUAUGUCUUACAAUUACGAAGAUCUCAGCAUUGGAGAAAUAAAAGACUUGAUGAGGCAAUGGCGGGAGAACAACGAGCGGCGCAGCGAGGACGUGAUGGAGUUCUGGGUCACCAUCAUGGACGACAUCAACAAGCUCGGCAAUGAGAAGUAUGUGAUCCUGGAGCAAGUGGUGUUCGCGGCACUGGACACCCACACGUACAGCGUGUCCAAGCAGUGCAUCUCUAUGCUGAGGCAGGAGUUCCCGGGCAGCAUGCGGGUCAUGCGCUACAAGGCAGCGCAGCUAGAGGCAGAGGAGAGGUAUGAAGAAGCCCUGGAGCUGCUGGACGUGAUCAUCAAGGCGGACGAGACGAACGCGGCCGCGCGCAAGCGCAGAGUCGCCAUCCUCAAGGCGCAGGGACUUAUAGUCGAAGCCAUCAAGGAGCUGGUCGACUACCUGAAGAAGUUCAUGUCAGACGUUGAGGCGUGGCAGGAGCUAUGCGAGCUGUACCAGCAGACCGGCGAGUAUGCGCGGGCAGCCUUCUGCGCCGAGGAGCUGCUGCUGCACCAGCCGCACAGCCACCUGCACCUGCAGCGGCUCGCCGACAUCCGGUACACCAUGGGCGGCAUGGAGAACAUGGAGCUGGCCAAGACAUAUUACUGCCAGGCCGUGAAGCUCAACCCGGACAACAUGCGGGCGCUGCUCGGACUAUUUCUGACAACCAACAACUUACUGAAUUACUACAAGUCCUCGGGUAAUAGCAGCAAGCGGCAGGAGGUGCUCAAACUGUGCCAGUGGUCGCAGAGUGAAGCCGCCGCGCGGCAGCAGGAAGCUCUCGGCGCCGCGCCCGCGCCCGCGCCCCUCGCGCGCAUGCUCGCCGCGCUCGCCAUCGCGGACUAGUACGUGUUCCAUAUCACACACACACACACACACACACACACA